AUGGCGAUUCCAGAGCUUCCACGCGGGGACGAGCAACGCGAGAUCGUGAACCCGCACGCACGAAGAGGAAGAAGCGUCGACGUCUCAACUCAGGGUCAAGAGACGUGGGGAGCUACGAAGAAGAAGAAGUCGCGACGUCUCGACUCGGGGUGUAUAAACACAAAGAGCAGAGGUCCAACAAACCUAGUUCCAAGAGUUGAAGACAUUAAAGCACUUGAGAGGGAGAUAGCAAGACAGAGAAGAGAAGUAGAGCAACAAACUCACUUGCAAAGGUUGGGGUUUGAUAUGAAGAAUCUGCCUCAAGAUGGUGAUGCCCAAGGAGGCAUUGAUCACCUCCAACGUCCCACAUAUGAUUGGGACCAUCCUUGUAUGCAAGACUUCUUCUGGAUAGAAGACGAAGAUUAGUGUGCACAAAUAGUCAAAUACCAAAUCUUCUGC